ACACCUGCCGCGGCCGCACAGCCGUCAGGCCCUUCCUCCCGCUGGCUUUUUCCCUCCUUCCCGGCCGCGGCGAUGGAGCCGUAGGGGCGGCCGCGCUUCCCCGGGGGGAAAGGAGAGUGCUCCCGCAGCGGGCGGGCAGGAGCCCGAGAUGGCGGACAGCGCCGCGGCCACCGCCGCCCCCCGCGCCGGCGUCAAGGGCGGCUCGACGGGGUCCUGGUGGAAGUCGCUGACCAGCAAGAAGAAGCACAAGGAAGCGGCGGCCGCCUCGCCGCCCCCCGCCGCCGCCAGCGAGGCCCCCGCCGAACCCCCCAACCCCGGCGGCCGGGAGGAGCAGCAGGUCCCGUUCGGCAGCGGCGAGGCCGCGGCGGCGGGCGGCGGCAACCGGCGGAGCCUCCGCGUCUCGCACUCGGGCCGCUUCAAGGAGAGGCGGAAGGUGCGCACCUCGCUGCUGGCUGACAGCCCCGACGUGUUCGAUGGCGGCGGUGCCCCGGGCCGUGCCGCCCAAGGGGGCGAGUAGCCCAGGAGGGCUUCGCCCCGGAGCCGCCACAGGACGGGCGGCCAGAGCAGCGGCAGGACCGGUGGCUGGAGCCCGCGGCUGCCCCACCACCGGGGUUGCUCUGGCUUGGCCCCGUUGGCAACGUGGAGCGGCCCCCCCCGGCCUGACCAGACACUGUGGGGAGCCCGGCACCUCCGACAGACAAGUGAAUCGCGUGCUGUGUCACGCCAACACCGCCAAGACCAAAGCCCCGGGUGACGGGACAAUAUGAUUGUCUUAAAAUAACACCAGUAAACACCCUACUCCCUGCACGGUGGUGAGCGGACUCGAAGGUGCUAUCCCAGGGCCGAUGCUGGGGUCUCUGUACCUUCCCCCAGCCCUUGCCAGGAGCCAACGGCUCCUCUUGGCUCUCCAGCCAAGGAGGUGCUUUGCUGCUCUCAUCUCACACGCUGUCUUAUCGAAGGAAUGGGGGAACAAAGUGCUCUUAUCUAAUUUCAGGGCCGAGGACCUCCAGUGGGGCUGUGUGGGCUCCUGCACUGCAUGCGCUGACACACCGGGAACCCAUCCUCUUCCCCCUGUAGGGGUCAAAAGAGAAGUAUUGUGACGGGCAGGUGCUUGCAUCGCCCAUGACCCACACCACAUCACUUUUAAAUAUGCAAAAAGCAGGACUGUGCUGGUUUUCUCCUUCUCCUUACUGUGUAAUGAUAAGCAGGUUUUCACAGGCUGGUCUCCCAUAGUUCUGUUACAGAGGGAGGUGGCUUGUUGUUGAGAAAUUAGUGUUAUUUACCUAGGAAACACAUGAUUUUUGCAUAAUGAAGAUGAAGAAAUUGUGUAAUAAAAUGUAAAUUCUCUUUUGGGAGAUGAGACUAGCACAGGUAGGGUUGUACUAAUGCGGAAAUGGGCUUGGGCACCACUGGAAAUGUUCUUUACUGUUUACCAUGUCCAAGGCUUGUGAAGCAAGAUUAAAGAUUCCCAGGAUUUCUUUUGAUAGCAAAAUAAUGUGUGUUAACUUGGGUACCUUUCUGCUUCUUUUAACAGCUCCUGGAUUUUUGGACAAAGUAAACUAUAAGCCAGAUUUGUACUGGUGUUGUGCCUUACAGAGCAAACUCUGCUAAAAAUGCUCAGCAAUUACACAUUUCUUGAAAGUAGGUGAUGUAGCAACAACUGUUUUAUUUAUUUUAAAUGCAUUCCCAAUAUACUUUAUAUAUUUUAGACUUUUUCUGAAUGUGAGAUAAGAUAAUCCAUAGUGGCAAAGACUGAAAAUCGUUUCCUGGAAGUCAGGUAUUACACAGUUAUGAUUUUGUUUGGUUGUAACUAAUGAUUUAAGGUCAAUUAAAAAUAAAAAGUGACCAAAAAAGAAACAAGAGCCGAGUUCCAGGUGAAAAUACCAAUUAAAACAGUCACUGACAAUCUGGGUAAGUGACCCAUGGUUCAAUGUGUGUAAUAAUAUAUAACGAACUUUGAAAGCUCCUGUGUUAUAAAGCACAGCGUAGCUGGCUUAGGUACUUGCCGGUCUGUCACUCAGCUGCUCCUCCACACUCUGAAACCCAAGGACAGAGGGACUGUAGCAUCAAAUCUAUUUCCAUAACAGCUUUUUUUUUACCUAAUAUGUAGAGAUACACUUUUUAAAUUUCAUUUAGUAAAACUACAAGGUUCUGGC